GAGCCGCGUGCAGCAGGGAGCGCUUCCGGGGUGGGGGUCACGCGGGCGGUGUAGGGGCCAUGGCGCGGCGGCCUAAGGGUGCCGCGGGCGGGAGCGGGGUUCUCCCCGCGGCCCUGGGGCCGUCCUCCUCGGAGGAUGAGGCGGACGAGGCCCCGGAGGAGGUGUCCUUUGGCGUGGCGAAGGAGGCGGCCGAGGCCGAACGGAAGCUCGUGGGGGAGGCGGCCCGGAGGCACCGGGAGCUGCUGAAGGAGAAGCGGCGGCGGCGCCAGGAGUUGUUUGCGGAGCAGAAGAAGCGAAAGCUGCUCCCCGAAGCCGUGCUGCAGGAGCUGGCCGCUGCGCCGCCCGCACGACCCCAGAAGAAGGCUGCGGCAGCUAACCCAGGUAAACGCCGUGGAGGUGGGGCUGUGAAGCAGAAACAAGGGCAAGUCCAAAGGCAAGGCCAAGUCAAAAAGCUGGUGAAGAAAGACAAGCAAAGAAAGGGCACCAGGUCAACAGGAAACUAUACAGCUGUGUGCUUAAAAGACCAGAGUUUAACAGGCCUCCAGCAACAGCUGGCCAAAGACUUUAUAAAUGCUCAGCUCUACGGACCACAUGCCAACCGGGCACAGCCAAAUGAUUUUUUUUCCCUUGAAAACAAGAAAAACCCAGUUAAAAAAGCUGCAGUUCAGUUUGUGGACAAAGCAUGGGGGCAAGAAAAAAAGCAAAAAGCAGCGAGGUUUAGAAGACGUUGGCUCUCAAGACAGCUUAAACUGUGAGUAUGAAGACAGCUUUUUCAGAAGAUGCUACCAAGGACUUUUAUUGGAAGUUAGCCUCUCAAGCCAACAAAGGUGUUUCUCUUCCUCACUGCUCCAUCGUGAUUUCACUCUGGAGCUCCAGCCAGGAGCUCCCAGGAGGCACCAACCUUCACAAUACAGUGCCUGAACUCACCUUCCUGUUCUCUUCCCUCCCCCUGUCUGAAGGGGAAGCUAAGGAACAGCUGGGCAUGUGCAGUGACUCUGCUUCAGACUGAUUUACAACAGCAGGAGCUACUACCAGCCUUGGAGAGCUGCCUCCGUGAUGCAGUUCCUUUGUAGAGAAUAAAAAGGUGAACAAAAAGGUGAACGGUG